CGCAACUUGGACUUCCCAACACCUGGAUUAGCAGGAUCAUGUUCUGUGUGGAGAGGAACAAGAUGUUAAUUAACUGGAAUAGGGAUCUGACCGAGCAAAUUAUUCCCACUAGAGGGGUCCGUCAGGGGGACCCUCUCCCCUUAUCUUUUUGUUCUCUGUAUGGAACGAAUUUCUCACAGGAUUCAGCAGGCAGUAACCGAGAAACUGUGGAAACCUCUCCAGCUGUAAAAAAAAUGGCCCUAAAAUUUCACACUUGUUUUUUGCUGAUGAAAUGGUUUUGUUUGCAAAAGCUGAAGGUUGACAGAUUGACAUUAUUCGGAAAUGCUUAGACGAUUUUUGUUCUAGCUCAGGCCAAAAAGUCAAUCUCAGCAAGUCUGCGAUGAUGAUCUCUCCUAAUGUGCCCCGGGACAGAGACAAAGACUGGAGAGCCAAGCUGGCAUCCCUACCACGAUAGACCUGAGAAAAUACUUAGGGAUUCAUACAAUCAACGGAAGGGUCUCCAUAGCUAGAUACAAGGACCUCACAGUUAGAAUUCAGAAGCGCCUGGCCAAUUGGAAAACCCGACACCUCUCCAUCACGGCUCGAAUGACCUUGGUGAUCUAUAUCCUCCUCCAUGUAGGUUUACACUAUGUUUACCGAGCAACUUCCUGCGUCUGUGUGUUCCUCUCUUGACAAGAUCAACAGGCAAUUCAUCUGGGGGGGUGAAGAAGGGAAGUCUAGUUUCCACCCCAUCGUCUGGGACCAAAUGGUGGUGCCAAGAAGCCAAGGAGGAGCUGAUAUACGACCCACUCGAUUGGCUAAUCAAGCUAUGCUGGCGAAAGGAGCUUGGAAGCUGGCGACCAAUGAUCAGGCUCUCUGGGUGCGGAUCAUGAAAGGGAAAUAUGGUCAAUCAAGGGAGGGUUUAGACAUUCUUAAAAACACAAAGGGAAGUUCCUUUGCCUGGCGUAGCUUUAGUCACUCGACUGAUUUGCUACGCAAGGGUUGCGCUUAUAAUAUUAAAAAUGGGAAGAAAGCUAAAUUCUGGACCGAUGUGUGGUUAAUGCAGGUUCCCUUGAAUUCGGUGGCAACACAAACGAUCCCGGAGGAGUUCCUCCAACGUCGGGUGGCCCACUACUGGCACGAAGAUCAUGGUUGGAAAAUUGAUGAGUUGGCCGAUUACCUUGGAGCUGAAACUUUGGAAACUAUUCAGGCCUUUCACUUUGAUCCAAUGACAAGGGAGGAAGAUAAGCUGCGGUGGAACCUUACAACUAAUGGCUCCUUCACGACAAGAAUAGCCUACCAAGCUCUCUCCCCGCCUCUGGUCCCUUCCAAAUCGGCUACCUUCUGGAAAAGCAUUUGGAAAUUACACGUCCCAGAAAGAGUAAGAGUCUUUAUUUGGAUGGCGGUUGAAAACAAGCUCACCACAAAAAAUAUAAGGAAAUUCCGGCACCUCACCACCGAUGAUAGUUGUCCCUACUGCGAGAACCAGCGGCGAAUCUAGGGCUGGGCCAACCCGGGCCCCGGCCCAGCCCUCCUCCGGAUACAGAGUUAGUAAAGUGCUUAUAAAUUUUUCGAAGUUGGGUACCCGACCCAGUGAUAUUUAGAAGUCGGUCGAGUGUUAUUUUAUAAUAGAAUUUUCUGUAAGUAGGGAAAUGGUCUAGAUAUACAUAUCAAAACCCACUACUCUAAAUUUAGCUUAGAAAUUCUAGCCCGAAUAAUUUUAUUUUAGAAAAAAUAUCUAAAAGUCCAAAACGUAAAAGACUAGGUAUAAAGUUUCAUUGAAAUAAAAAAUAUAAAUAUUAAUUAUUAGCCAAACCAUUCUUGCAUUUUUAAAUAUUAGCCAAACCCUUCGAAAUACAAAUAUUGGCCAAACAUUUUGUAAUGCACCAAAAUAUUAGCUAUUUUCUGUUAUCGUUCAUAAUUUGUUAACUAUUUUCUUAUUUAAAAUACGAAAGUUUUGGAAUGUUUGCCUUCAUGUGUCUCUUUCAAGUUAGUAUAACGUUGCCAAGUCAAUAAUACUAACAAAACUGCUAAUUGGAAGUUAAUAUUUUACUAGUAUUUUCAAAGGUUUGGUUAAUAUUUAAAUAUGCGGAAAAUGUUUUAGUAAUAAUUAGUAUUUAUCCUAAAAAACUCCUCUAAACUAAAGUCCACCCUUCCCUGUCAAAUAUGAGAGAAACUAUUCUAUUGGUAUGGAUGGAGAUUCUAUUAUUAAUAGAUUUUCCAAAUUAAAAGACCUUCUACAAGAAUUGAGAUCGUAAUGAAUGAAAACUAUAGUUAUUGUAUAUUUUUGUUUAUGAUAUUUAAUAUUUAACUCAAAUGCGGCCCAGUGCUCUACUAUAUCCUGGAUCCGCCGCUGGCGAGAACAUGGAGGAGACAAUCAUCCACUGUCUUCGUGAUUGUUCUAGAGCAAGAGCCGUUUGGUUCAAGCUCAUUGCCCCUGAGAACAAAGAUAGCUUCAUGUCGACCGAUAGUGAUUGCUGGAUGAGGAAUAAGAAAUCCGGUGACUUUGCAAGGUUUUUGGGGGUCUUAGUCAGGUUGGAAAAUAAGGCCGACGACUGAAGUGAGACCAUCUAAUCUAAAGUCUAAAGAAUAUAUUAUAUGGUUUCCAAUUAAAGCCUUCAAGAAUUCAAAUUCUCUCCCUCCUCACGCUUACACGUCAUCAUCUAUUUUCCUCCAAUUAACCAGCCUAAUUAACCGAAAGGAAUUCAAAUGAAAGAAAGAAAAAAGAAACCAAUUCCCCAACGAAACCCCUUCUCCCUUUCGUCGGUCCCAUCCACCCUCCUCUUCUCCGAGCCCAAACCUCCACCGGUGUCUGUCGGUCCUUCCUGUCGCCAGCCACCCGACCCGCCGCCAUCGUCCACUAGACGCACUCGCGUCCCAUCUUUUCCCCAGUUAUUCGACCAACUCAUUCUCCCCAAAUCUGCACAACUUCCAUCCCCGUCAGUGCGAGCAUCCCACAACCCAAAAAAUUACCGGCUUUUGCGUGUGCAUCGUGCACCACCGACCACCGGUACGCAGAGACUUCGAACUCCCCUCCCCAAAUCUCUAUGCCCGCCAAAUCGAAGCAACAUACUGCAUGUCUUCACUCUUACGCAUUCAUCUUCUCCCCUCAAAUCUCUAUGUAAGUCCAGAUGCUCGGUUAUGCUCUUCGCUCCCAAUUGAUUUGUGCAUGGGUUUCGUUGCUUCAUCUUUUGGGCUCCAGUGUAAUCCAAUUGGCUCGCUCGCCGCUACCUUUGGCUUCGAUUCUGGCUCCAUGGCGUUGUGCUUAUUUUUUCGUGCAAGCGAGGAUUAAAAUGGCCAAUGGAUGGGAUUGUGAGUUCCGGUCAUUGGAAAUAGCUUAAACAUGGGCUCUGACCAUUGUCCGCUUUGUCGUCAUAGCGGUCUCCCCAGUAAUUAUUGAUUUAUGUUACCCAGGUAACACAAGAUAACCCUGAAUCUGUGAAAUAUAACAAUUGAGAUGCA